AGGGACUUGGCACAAGGCUGCAGGAUCCUGUGUGCCUUCUUUUUCCCAGCUGCAUCUUUCUCAUCCAAUCUUGGUGAAGAGUCUUACUUGGCUAAGAAGGAGGUCGGGAACAAGUAGGCAGUGCCCAGAAAGUUCCAUGAGAGUCACAUAAGUCACCACCUCAACAGCAAACCUGAAUAACCAGGAGAGAUGUAACCUCGGCAUACUUGCAGUUGUUUUCUUCCUGCCCACGCUGCAGGCUUUUCAGGUCCUUGCUUGAGCGUCAACUCAUGGGCAUAAAUAUCGAGCUGUCAACAGCCUGUGUCAGGCAGCCCAGCUAUUUAAGCAGGCUGGCAUCUGAGAACUCAGCUUCCAAAGCAGCCUGUGCCACUUCCACCCGUGCCGAGACCAUGUCCGCAGAGACCGCAAGCGGCCCCACAGAGGACCAGGUGGAGAUCCUGGAGUACAACUUCAACAAGGUCAACAAGCACCCGGACCCCACCACGCUGUGCCUCAUCGCGGCCGAGGCCGGCCUUUCCGAGGAGGAGACCCAGAAAUGGUUCAAGCAGCGCCUGGCCCAGUGGCGGCAGUCUGAAGGUCUCCCCUCAGAAUGCAGAUCCGUUACAGACUGAGAAGAGGACGGGCACCCACAGCGUCCCUCCAUGAAUGCCAUCUGCUGUCUCUCUCCUCGGCUUAACCCAACUGUUUUGUUUUUUUAGUGCAGUGUUGUAUGUUCCACUGGUAGCUGUCCUGCUAUUUGACAUGAUGUAUUUUUUUAAUGUAUAUAACUAGAAAAAAUAACGGCAAGAAGCUGUGUGCGGCUUCUGUGUAAAGCAGUGGUUUGGCUGGGAAAGGGGUGCGGCUUGCAUUUCCCUUGGGUCCUGAUGACAGAUGGUGCGAAAACCACCUACGUUUGCUUUUGAUCAUCCCCUCCCAAUAACAAUGUACUUUCAACAUCCAUCUGUGAGCAGGCGAGGCCUCUGUUGAAGAAAUAACAUGGCCAAGAGGGAGAAACAUUUCCUCCUGAAUCUACUUCCCUAAGUUGUUUUCCUUACAGUUCAUUUAAUACAUUGAGGUUGAAUGAGAAUACCAAGGAAUAUUUGAGUCGUUCAGAUUUCAUAAAGUAGUUCCUUAUGGAUUAAAGCUACAUUAACUUAGAAAGAACCCAGUUAGGCUAAAAGAAACUCCACAAGUAGCAAGACCAAAAAGCAAGUAACUAACAAAAAAAAACCCACUAAAGUCUUUAAUUUACUUUAUUUAAAUGUUUGUUGAAUUAAUUUUGCUAAAUAAAAUGAACUCUUUGUCUCUAAAAUGAUAUUCUAAAUAAAACCUUAACUUUUUGUUGAAAAUGCA